AUGACUCAAAUCAAUGCAAUUGAUACUGGUCAUGAAGAAUUAAUUCAUGAUGCUCAAUUAGAUUAUUAUGGUAUACGUUUAGCAACAUGUUCAUCGGAUAAAAGUAUAAGAAUAUUUGAUGUAUCAAAUAAUCAACAACGUCUUAUAGCUGAAUUAAAAGGACAUGAUGGUCCUGUUUGGCAAUUAUCAUGGUCACAUCCAACAUUUGGUAGUUUACUUGCGUCUUGUUCUUAUGAUAGGAAAGUAUUAAUAUGGAAAGAAACACCAUCAACAGGGCUACCAUCUCAAACUAGUACGAGUGGUGGUACACAAUAUACAGUUAUAUACGAAUAUGAUCGACAUACAUCAUCUGUUAAUACGGUUUCUUGGGCUCCAUAUGAAUAUGGUCUUAUGUUAGCAUGUGGAAGUUCCGAUGGUUCAAUUUCAAUUAUUAGUUCUACUGGUGAUGGUCGAUGGACAACUAAAAAAAUUCCUGAUUGUCAUCCCCCGGGUGUUAAUGCACUUAGUUGGGCGCCAGCUGUUUUACCACAAACAUGUGAUGAUACAGGUGUACAAGGAACAACAGGUGAAUCUGUUAAACGUUUUGUUUCAGGUGGAUGUGAUUGUUUAAUUCGUAUAUGGAAAGAACAAGAUGAUGGAUGGGUAGAAGAAGCACAUCUUGAUCAACAUAAUGAUUGGGUACGAGAUGUUGCAUGGGCACCAACAUUUAGUUUUUAUAAAGAUAAAAUUGCUAGUUGUUCACAAGAUGGUCAUGUUUAUGUAUUUACACGUGAUACACGUUCAUCAUUAAAUUGGGAUUGUACACAAAUUGAUACACAUUUUAAUGAUGUAUGGAGUGUUAGUUGGUCAUUAACAGGUGAUAUACUUGCUGUUGCUGCAGCUGAUAAAGUUAGUUUAUGGAAACUUGGUCUUGAUGGUAAAUAUCAAUGUUUAACAACUCCACAUACAUCAUCGACAAGUGUAGGAUCACCAUCAAUUAAUAGUACAAUGGAAAGUACGACAGGAGAAACUGGAAAUAUACCAUUAAUGGCUUCUUAA